AAGAUUAACAACGAACCUUUUAAGCGAAAGAAGGAGAAUAGGCAAUCUGUUUCCACCCUUUCAACGGUGUUUCCGAAGAGACUUCAUUCACUGUUUCUACAAUUGGAUACUUAAUCAUAUCUUCUUCAGUCUAUACCCCGAGCUUAACUCUUGAAGACUAUUUUAUUUUCUUUAAGCUGUUAGCUAUCUUAGUAAGCCUGGUUGACCUGAGUUUAACAAGAGCAAACAGCCUAUAUUGAUCUAACAGCUUGGAGAAGGUGAAGUAUUCAGUCAAGGCCAUGGAGACACUUGUCAUGGCAUCAACGUACCGUUAGAAGCAUAUCCCAAUGUCAUCGGCGAUUUUCUCACAAGAUAUAUGGCCCUAAGGGGCAGUAUCCGUUUGACUGAACGCAUCGCUUUGCAUAAACCCAACUCCAAGUCCAAGAAGGUCAAGGAAGAGGAUCCAGGGACCUCGUUGUCCGCCGGGGUGGCUCAAUUGAGCUUGAAUGAAAACGAUGUUCGUCCAAAAAAGGAAUUUGUGGGAUUAUUCGAUGAAUCUAUCCCCGUUGACGAAUUUCUCGAAUUAGAUUAUAAGAAUAUCAUUGCUAGUAAGAAAAUCAAGCCUAUUAUCAAGAAUGCUUCUGAUAAGGCGGUUGAUAUCUAUGAAGAGUAUUUUGAUGAGCUAUUUGAUUACGACUACACUUAUGAAUCCAUGAAAGAUUGGACUAAUUGUUUUAAACUUUGUCAAGUCGAAGAGCCUCUUGCUUCAAAAGUUUUCACCAUGAGAACCGUUUCACCUAAAAGAUACAGAGCAUUCUCCAAUGAGUACACUGAUACUCGUCAACAGUUACUUUGGGCCAAAGUCUUUUCGGAUCGUUUGUCAGAACUCUUAGCACCUAAAGUGGAUGCUAUUAGUGAACACAAUCCAAAUCCAAAUGGACAAUAUCUUGGGAUAUGGUUGCAAUGCUCAUUUCUGAGAUUGGUAGAAACGCUCGAUCCAAUCCACCCCACAGAUCAGUCAAUGGCUUCGUACUUUGACAAUGGUGGUAACACUUACGAGCUUGCUCUUUGGUACUGUGAUCAAUGUGACACGAACCAAAGAAUCGCUAUUAGUUAUAUUGUUGGUAAUUAUAAAUCUUUCAUGAAGAAGAAGAAGAAGUCAAACAGUAGUGGGAAAAGAUUUGAUAUGCGUGAUUUACUUAAUGCUGUUGAAAAUGACCGGGGGUUUGUUUUUGAUCAUCCUCAACCACAGUUCAAGGUUCGUAGGAGAAAGCUAAAGAGAAGUCAUGUCUCUCAUGAUAAUCAUCAAAUUGAGUCUGAUGACGAAUUCCAGGAUCCUUACACUUUUUACACUGACGUUGGGUCAACUAGAUUUAAAAUGGUACGCGAUGAGGAUGAUAAUGUUGAUAUAUUCCCUUACUAAAUAUUAUAUAAGAAUUAUAUAAACUAAUCUUUCUUUUCAUUGGCUAAACGAGCAGCUUUCUUUAAAGCUCUAACACGAAUGCUUUUAUGCAUGUUGAAAUUGAUGGUAUUAGCAAUCUUUGAGUAAAUACCAACUGAAUUUGCAACAGCAAAAUGCAUAAGAGCAUGAGUCCAGUAAGGAGUGUUUGUAGCAAAUCUUUCUUGAGCACCACCACGGUAACCAACGCUGUUAAUGGCGGAUUUAACAAAAUUUUUAGCAUUUGGAAUAAGUAAAGAAGGUCUCUUUAUUUUAGACAUUGCAGAAGUAACCAAAUAAGAAAGAACUAAUUCAACAUCAAUUUUUUCAGGAGCCAAUUCACCAGCUAAAGC